AGGAUUCGAAUCGAACGUCCUUACGGGAGCCGGGCGCUGGCGGAGCGGCGCCCCGGCCAAUCAGCGGCGGUCCCCGAACGUUGGGCCGGCCCAGCCCCGCCCCGCGCUGUUGUUUGUGGUGUCGGCCGGGCCGCGGGAGCCGAACCACAACAUUCGCCGGGCGGGCGGCGGCGGAGCGGACGGCGGAGCGGCGGCGGCGGCGGCGGUGAGCGCGAGCCCCGGAGCCCUGGGCGGCCGGCCUCCCGCGCCCGCGCAGCCCCGCGUCUGCGUCCGGCCGGAGCCGCCGGGCCCCGCGCCGCGCCAUGUCGGUGAACAUGGACGAGCUGCGGCACCAGGUCAUGAUCAACCAGUUCGUGCUGGCCGCGGGCUGCGCGGCCGACCAGGCGAAGCAGCUGCUGCAGGCCGCCCACUGGCAGUUCGAGACCGCGCUGAGCACGUUCUUCCAAGAAACCAACAUUCCCAACAGCCACCACCACCACCAGAUGAUGUGCACUCCGAGCAACACCCCUGCCACGCCGCCCAACUUCCCCGAUGCGCUGGCCAUGUUCUCCAAGCUCCGCGCCUCCGAGGGCCUGCAGAGCAGCAACAGCCCCAUGACAGCAGCAGCCUGCUCCCCACCUGCAAACUUCAGCCCCUUCUGGGCCUCGUCCCCGCCCAGCCACCAGGCACCCUGGAUCCCGCCCUCCUCCCCCACCACCUUCCACCACCUCCACCGCCCACAGCCCACAUGGCCCCCAGGAGCACAGCAGGGGGCCACCCAGCAGAAAGCCAUGGCAGCCAUAGACGGCCAGAGAUGAGACUGGACGCCGCCGGGCGCUGGGCUGGAGCUGGGGGCAGCCCAGGGUUGUGGAGACACAGGAGGGCCAGGGAGGGGGGAGCCGGGGAGGGCAGGGGGUUUCCCGAAGAUCGCACUGGAAGAUUUUAUAAAAGAAUUUUUGUGGGUGGGGGGGAUAGUAAACUUCCUGGGCCACUUGGGUCCUUCAGGAGUUUUUCAGGCAAGUUUUUCCUCUGUUUUUAAUAUAUAACUAUAAUAUAUAUGAAUAUAUAAAUAUAACUAAUGUGCGUGAGAAUGGGCCUGGCACACCUGGGGUGCUCGGGGCCAGGGCUGCCACACUGCAGAGCUGAUGGAGUGAUGUUGCAGGCACAAGGUGUCUCAGCUGCCUCGUUUAACAGCCAUGCCUUCUGGAAUCUGGAAGCGGACCCCACUCCCACAGUCACCGGGCAGCCACAGAGCAGCUGCAGGUCCCGGGAGGGCCUGAAACCAAAGCUGUGGAAGGCCCUCUUGGUAUCAGGGCUCUCUCUCCCCAUGGCCUCUGCCCCACCUCUGAUUGCUGGUAGUGGCCCCAUAGCUCUUGUCACCUGUCUCCUGCUGAACGCAGGGCUGAUGUGGCACUGAGGAGCUGACUUAGGUGAAAGGUCAGGCUCUGCCCAGCAGGGGACUCGACUGCCCUGGGCGCCCUGCCCCUCCCACUGCGCGUCCAGGUCCGAAGUGGAGAGCCUGGCUUUGGGUUUAGUUCCCAAGUCAGAAUCCCGUCUCACCAGGGUGAAAUUUUAAUUUAAAAACUUAAAAAGAGACUUUUCUAACUUC